CCUCCUCCUUCUCCUCUGCCACUCCUGCUACUGUCAGAGAAACCGGCUGACCCGCACCGAGAACGGUGCACGCACCCGACACCUGCGCCAAAGCCAUCAGUCCAAGCGGCUCCCCCUGCCUCCACCCCAAAGCUCCUACUGAAACUCCCAGGAUGAUUAAGAACGGUCAUCACCAUCACCAAGUGAACGCAGGCGCCGUGAAAGACACCGCAGCGACCCCCGGUGCUGCAGGGUGCAGCCCCGAGAAGAGGAGGAGGAAGAUCCGCGUGUGGUGCGAUGGGUGCUACGACAUGGUGCAUUAUGGCCACUCCAACCAGCUACGACAGGCAAAAGCUAUGGGAGAUUACCUCAUAGUCGGGGUGCACACAGACAGUGAGAUUUCAAAGCACAAGGGUCCACCUGUCUUCACCCAGGAGGAGAGAUACAAAAUGGUACGAGCCAUAAAAUGGGUGGAUGAAGUUGUGGAAGGGGCUCCUUAUGUCACCACUCUUGAGACACUUGACAAAUACAACUGUGAUUUCUGCGUGCAUGGAGAUGACAUAACUUUAACUGUGGAUGGGAAAGAUACAUACGAGGAAGUGAAGAAGUCAGGGCGCUACAGGGAGUGUAAGAGGACCCAGGGAGUGUCAACCACAGAUUUGGUGGGCAGGAUGCUGCUAAUGACCAAAGCACACCACAGCAACAUAGACAGUUCGGACUAUAAGCAGCAUACAGAUAACUUCGGAAAGAAGGGCCACAGUCCCUGGACGGGAGUAUCUCAGUUCCUUCAGACUUCCCAGAAGAUCAUCCAGUUUGCCUCAGGCCAGGAGCCUCAGCCGGGAGACACCAUCAUCUAUGUGGCAGGAGCCUUUGACCUUUUUCACAUUGGUCAUGUGGACUUCCUGGAAGCAGUGCACAAGCUUGCAGAAAAUCCAUACAUCAUAGUGGGCUUGCACUUUGAUCAGGAGGUGAAUCGCUACAAAGGGAAGAACUACCCCAUUAUGAAUAUCCAUGAGAGAACACUCAGCGUGCUGGCUUGUCGAUAUGUAUCAGAAGUUGUGAUUGGUGCACCCUUUGCAGUCACUAAAGACCUUAUUGACCAUUUGAGGGUGGAUCUUGUUUGCCACGGGAAGACAGAAAUAUAUCCUGACAAGGAUGGAUCUGACCCAUAUGCUGAGCCUAGAAGGAAGGGGAUCCUGCGUAUGGUUGAUAGUGGAAACAGCCUCACAACAGAUGCCAUUGUGCAAAGGAUCAUCAAAAACAGGCUGCUGUUUGAGACAAGGAAUCAGAAGAAGGAGGCCAAAGAGAUCGCUGUGAUCCAAGCAAUGAAGCAACAAGAAGAGGAAAAGACUAAAGAACGAGCCCAGGCUGUGCUCUAAGCACUACCACUACAUCUGUUAACUUGACACUGACAUGCCUACCUUAUAGAACUCCACUUCCGUGAAAUCAACAGUUAAUCUGUCUUACUAUAGGAUUUUUUGUUUUGUUUUUGGAUUUUUUAAAUUCCUCAAGUAUGUCUUCUAGAGGAAUUUGCCUUAAACAAAAUAAAUACUUUGAGUAGUAGAAACAAACAAGCUUGAAAUGUUUGUUUUGCCCAACAGCAAAUCAAUGUUGUGUAUCUACUAAAUUAUAGAGAUGAUAAACUACUACAGGACUUGAGGAGAUCUCCCCGAUUGUCUCUGGACAUAAUGUACACAACAAUUAUUUUAAAAACUGUCCUGUUUUAAAAGGAGUUUCUACUUUUUGUAGCCUAAAAAGGCACAUUCUGGGGACCUCAAAGUUAUGCGUAAUGAGUGAAAUUGUUUUUUUUAAAUAAAUUCUUUGAAAUAUUGACACCACUGUGAAAAAAAAGGCAUUGAUGUCAUGACAGCUGUAUGCACAAAUGUUGUGUUUGUGUAAAAUGGACUUAAAUUAUAGAUAGUUUAGUUAGUUAUGCACAAAAAUAUAUAGAACAUGUAAUAUAAAAAAGUAUAAACAUAAUCCUAUGAUAUACACACACAUAUAUAUAAAAAUAUACAUUUUUAUGUAGAAAUAUAUUUUGAUCACCUCCUUCUAAACAUGUUUAGACGGUUUCAUGUAUAUUAAAAGCAUAACACUCUAUGUUGAAAUUAUUGUAGGCUUUGAUCUAUAUGUUACUGACAAGAAAAUGUAGAAAACGAUUGGAUUGUGAUGUAUGAUUGCUAAUAAAAUAACAUAGUGAAA